CUCUCUUUCUCUCCCUCUCUCUAUACAUACUCUUCUCCAAUUAUUCUCUGCAAGAAAUUUUAAAUCACAAUAGUCACGUAUUUGCAACUGCGUAAGAAAAUAAUCCGACGACGAGUCUUUAACAACGUUGAUUAUUUGUUAAAAUUAUGAGGAAUAUAAUAUUUUCGUUUAUAUCUUCUCAUAAGUGGUACAUAUCAAUCGAUAGUUGCUGCGACGAUACAUAAGACUAACGACUCUGAGAUCUUCAUGAAAAGUCUAAUACAGACAACAAUUGCUUGCGAUACAAUGAAACAAAAAUAAGGAGCUAUAAAAUAAUGACUGCACCUUCACAAUCUCGAAUAAAGAAUUUCAGGCGGUAUUUUUACGGGAAAUAAACACACCCAUUAAAGUCCCCUUUUCAUUGAAUCGAUUAUUUUAUUGCCUGUGUCUACCACAGUAGACGUGUGAAAAUGCAGGUGUUUCGAUCUCACAGUGACACUUAACGGCACUUUGCAUUCCAAUUGAGUUAAAUUAAAUGAUUUAGAAUAAUGUUUACGUUGGAGGAAAGCUACUAGAUGAAAUAUUUAGUCGUUUGUACGAAAAGAAGGGAUAGACGGACCUUCGCCAAUACUCUUUCGAUCAAACACGUCUCGAUGCUUAAAGAAAGAUGAUCUGCUUUGAAACGGAAUAUUUGAACAUCGGUCGAGUACUUUUGCUUGCAGUUGGAAUGUGGCCUUAUAAACAAUCGAAGCUCAUUUCACUUCAAGUAAUCUUGUGUUAUACUCUUCUGCUAAGCAUCAUGAUAGUGCAGUUUACACCAUUCUUGACUGCAGAAUGUAGUCCUGAUCUUGUCAUCAAAAUUCUAUCAAUGGUAUUAUUUUGCAGCACAUAUACGAUUAUAUAUAAUUCAUUCCAGAUUAAUAAACACAUCAUACGAUCUCUUAUGGAUCAUCUUCAACGUAUUUUUAAUACAAUAAAAGAUGACUAUGAAAUCGCUAUUUUAAGAAAAUAUGGGUAUAACGCAAGAUGCUAUGAGUUUGCUUGUGCAGUGUUUAGCAUGUGCUGCUUCUUUAUUGUUUUUAUGCAGCCAUGGUGGCCACGCAUAUUGAACAUUCUACCGUUCAUAAAUAUUUCUGAAUCGUAUCACGCAAUGUAUUUCAUAACUGAAUAUUUUGUUGAUGAUGAAAGAUAUUUAUAUUUGAUUAUGCUGCACAUAAAUAUGGUUUUUUGUGUAGGAACAUUUGUAGUACUAGCAGCUGGUACGUUUCUUAUAGCAUGUGCUAAAUGUAAUUGCGGAAUGUUUACAAUUGCCAGCUACCGUGUCGAGCAUGCAAUGGAUAUUUAUAUUCCGCAAAGAAUUGAUUUGAAGAACGAAUUUAUGAUCACUAAUAAAAUAAUUCAGGCUGUGGAUAUUCAUCGUAAAUCUAUGAAGCUCAUCAGAGACUUUAUUUCUACCUUCGAACGUACGCUUUUUUGUAUAAUAAUAAUCAGUGUGGUUUGCCUGAGUCUCAAUUUUUAUCGAAUUUUUCAGGUUGUGUCGUUUGAUGGCAAUGUCGAGGAGUUUAUAGUACAUUCCACAGUUGUAUCUAUCAUUUUUAUAUAUAUAUUCAUAAUCAACUAUUUCGCGCAAGAAAUUUUAGAUCACAAUAACGAGAUAUUUAUAGCCGUAUAUAACACUCGCUGGUAUACAGCUCCUUUAUGUAUACAGAAAAUGAUAUUGUUCUUGUUGCAAAGAGGUACGAGAGGUUUUAAUCUGAAGAUCGGUGGAUUAUUCUUGGCAUGUUUAGAAAGUUCUGCCACACUAAUAAGUACCUCUAUGUCUUAUUUCACUGUACUUUGUUCGAUGUAACAUUGACAUAAGGAUAUCUAUCGUUUCGGGGUACAGUAGAAGAUACGUGCAUUAUCUAUAAUAAGCGAAUGCAUAAUAUGCUUAAAAAUAUAUUUCAUAAAUUUUAUAUGUGAUUCAAGCGUGCUAAGCUCACAAACGUUUAGCAGGUGUCACUAAAAAUUCUAACUCGGAUGUUUAGAACUAAUGAGACUAAAUCCAGAAUUGAGAUAAUUUGUAAUUAUACUGAACCACAGAUUAACUAAUUUUUACGCGACAAAAAAUGACUCAAAACCAUUAAAUAUAUAUGUGUGUAGUGUUUUAUUUAUUUUAGCUUCUUAAUUUUUCGCAAUCCUGUCUCUUUUUCU